AUGGUGCAAAUCAACGAAAUCAAGAGCAAUUCGCGAGACACCCGCACAGCCGCGCACACACAUAUCCGUGGUCUAGGUCUCAACGAAAUGGGUGUCGCCAAGCCCAUUGAUGCGGGGUUUGUGGGCCAAACCGAGGCUCGAGAGGCCCUGGGACUGGUGGUUGACCUGAUUCGAGCCAGCAAGAUGAGCGGCCGAGGAAUCCUUCUUGCUGGCGGUCCCGGUACCGGAAAGACUGCUCUGGCGCUUGCCGUCUCGCAGGAACUCGGCCCCAAGGUCCCCUUCUGCCCCAUUGUUGGUUCUGAGAUUUUCUCCGCAGAGGUCAAGAAGACUGCUGCUCUGAUGGAGAACUUUCGACGGGCCAUUGGACUGCGAAUCAAGGAGACCAAGGACAUUUACGAGGGAGAGGUGACGGAGCUGACGCCCGAGGAGGCCGAAGAUCCCCUGGGAGGCUACGGCAAAACCAUCCGGUCGGUGGUGGUGGGUCUCAAGAGUUACAGAGGCACUAAGCAACUGCGGCUGGAUCCCAAGAUCUACGAGUCGAUUCAGAAGGAGCGGGUGGCCGUUGGCGACGUGAUUUACAUUGAGGCCAACACUGGUGCUGUCAAGCGAGUGGGACGAUCGGAUGCCUACGCUACCGAAUUUGAUCUCGAGACGGAGGAGUACGUUCCCCUGCCCAAGGGAGAGGUGCACAAGAAGAAGGAGAUUGUGCAGGACGUAACGCUGCAUGAUUUGGAUGUGGCCAAUGCACGGCCUCAGGGAGGACAGGAUGUCAUGUCGAUGAUGGGCUCGCUGAUGAAGCCCAAAAAGACAGAAAUCACAGACAAGCUGAGAGAGGAGGUCAACAAAAAGGUGCAGUCGUACAUUGACCAGGGAGUGGCUGAACUGGUGCCUGGUGUACUGUUUAUCGACGAGGUGAACAUGCUAGAUGUGGAGUGUUUUACCUACCUCAACCGGGCUCUGGAGUCGACAAUCUCGCCCAUUGUCAUCCUGGCGUCCAACCGAGGCAUGUGCCGAGUUCGGGGUGUGGACGACGAUGUGUCUCCUCACGGCAUCACCACCGAUCUGCUCGAUCGACUGCUCAUUGUGCGAACUCUGCCCUACUCUCUGGACGAGAUCAAGACCAUCAUUCAGAAGCGAGCUGUGGUUGAACAGCAGCAGAUUUCCGAGGACGCUCUGGACGCCCUUGCUCAACAUGGAGCCCGAACCUCGCUGAGAUACGGCCUUCAGCUUCUGUCUCCUGCUGGAGUGCUGGCCAAGAGCGAGGGACGAGACGUGGUGGAGGUCAAGGACGUGGAGGAGUGCGAGUCGUUGUUCCUGGAUGCUACUCGAUCUAAGGGGCGGUUUACUGACAAGUUUUUGUAG